AUGUUCAAAAUUGCUUUCCAACGUCCGAUCGCGGCUCGUCCUGCCGUCUUGCGGACUCUCAGAUUUCAGUCUACCGUCACGCAGCUGGAGUCGCUACAGGACUUCCAAAAGGCAGUUGCCAACAAGAACCUCAGUGUCAUUGACUUCUACGCCACCUGGUGCGGUCCUUGUAAAGCUAUUGCACCUCACUUCGAAAAACUUAGCGAAAAAAACCCUGAAGUAGAUUUCUACCGCGUGGAUGUGGACAAUUCGCCCGACGUGGCUGGCUAUUGCGGUGUCAGUGCGAUGCCUACCUUCUUACUAGCCAAAGAAAGUCAAACUGUGGGGAAAGUCGUGGGCGCCGACGUCAGAGGGCUCACCCAGGCUAUCUCUGACUUGAAGAAUUGA